CAGCGCUCCAAUCAGUCUGCCCCUAGUCUUAUAGGAAUCGCUCGGCUUCUGUGCAGUGUGCGCUACCGCACUUGCAUAGCCAUUGUUGUUCCAAUCUUAUUGAAAUACUUGGUUGGAUCGGGGGUCAACCCUGCAUCCGUAUAAAGAAAUAUACAACACCGUGCUUUGUGAAAAUCUGAUCAAGCAUAAUUCUAAACAGUGAACCUCUAUCUAGUAAACGUUAUCUGGCGUAGUUUGUUGUCGUGAGAUACCGACGGAAAAAAUCUGACUCUUUUUCCCCUGCGCUUUUAUCCAUUUUGAAGGUGGAGAGAGCUUUUGUAUAUUUCAACUGCCACCAAACAUGGAAAUUCACACCACAAUAGUCUUUGCCUGACAAGUAUUUUCAAUAUGAAGGCAUCAAUUAUUGAGACAAGUAUCUAAGAGAUGAGAUUAAAAUGCAAAAGUUUUACCUCUUGAUUAGCCAGUCAUGGUUUCAUGUCUUGCUUAUUGGGUGAUAACUUAAGUUCCUGUAUAACUGGUUGCUGAGUUCCAUAAGAGGACUGCAUUAUGGAGGUCAAUAAUAUUGCGAGCAGCCAAAGUUCUAUAUAUUUGAUGGUCCCAUUUCGAAAGUUGUGUGUUAUCACAGUGUCGAUACCUCUUGUUACUCUGUUAUUCUGUUUUGUAACAGCUUACAUAUACCAACAAGAUGACAUCCAUGAAACGCACUGUCGGGUCUAUAAUGUUCUUCCGUCAAUAUCAGCUAUUACUGGAGUAUCACCUCAACGUUAUUUGUGGCGUGUGAGUGUAGCUCUGCACAUUGGACCACGUCUUCUUAUUGCCAGUGUUUACUACUCAUUUUACUACAAAAUUCUCAAGACUUUUGAGAAUGUGCCUAAAAGAUCGCAUGGUUUUAAACUUUUAAACAUUUGUUAUUGGCUAAACAUUGCUGAAGUGGCUGCCCUCUGUGGUGUUACAUAUAUUUCUAAUAAGGAAAAUUAUGCUGUGCACGAAAAGACCUUUAUAGUGUUCAUGAUAAGUUCUCUCCUACAUAUGCUGGUAGCAGUAAGAUUGGGUCGCUUAGUUACACCAAAUGCACAAAGUCUGCAGUACAAACAAGCUCUUUUCACAACGAGUAUAAUCAGUACAGUUGGCCUUAUAAUUUUUUUCCUAAAGCAUAGAUUAUUAUGUCAUGAUCUGGCAUUUAGUUGGUUUUCUCUUUGUGAGUAUGUCAUAGCAUCAGCCAACAUGGCAUUCCAUGCUACUGUCAUCCUGGAUUUUCCUGUGGAUCAGCUAGUUGUGGGAAAUGGUUUACAUUUAUUGAAAGUGGAUUGAGAUUUAGAGAAAUGAGAUUUGUCAUAAAUUUUAAAAUGCGUUUCACUGUAUCUGGAAAUCUGCUGCAAAAAACACGAUAAAAAUUUUGAAAUAAAUAAUAGUACUUAAAAUUUAGGUAUUAAAUGAUAAUAUUUCAAUUUGCAGCGGAUACCGCCAGUGUGAUUUUUGCUGUUAUUGAUAGCAGUAAUUUGUAGCAUUAUUAGUGGAUUAUAAAACAUUGUAUUGUAAGUAGCGAAUCAUAAUGAAUAAGUUGAAUGUUCCGUUACUCAUUUUGUUAGCAUUUUCGGUUUGUAUUACGUAAAAUCUAAAAUACGGCUGAGAAAAGUGAAAUGAAAUUAAACUAUAAGGUUUCUAGUCCAAUCAAUAUAUCUAGUCGCUAGAACUUUUAUCUACUUGUUUCAUUUCAUAAAAAAACUAUUUAGAACAAGUUCGAUUAAAGGCUUUGACUAAAAGAUCUCAGAAUUUUCUAGAUAAUCUAUGCAUACAUUUCAUUUACUAACCAAUACAAUUCAAAUAACUGUCCUUCAUAUCAAAGUAAUUAAACGUAAGUUAUAAAUGAAUGAAAAAGCAUUACACUGGCGCACAUAUAACUUUAUGUUAUAAUAAAUGCAUAAAAUUAUUGAAGUCAAUAAGAUAUCAAUAACUUUUUCGCUUCUGGAUAACUUUUUGUACAAACUGCUAAAAGAUAUAUAAUUUUAUAUUUUUCAUGAAUUCUGUUACCACAAUAGUUCAGUUAUUUUAACUUAAAUUCCAAAUUGUACAUCGAUCAUUUUUUUUAGUAGUAUCACAACAAAUAUUCGUUUUGUUAUUAAUAAGGAAACUAUGUUCUAGAGGUGUGUGGAGCUCUUGAAAAGUUUUUGCGUCAAAUAGAUACAAUCAAAACCUUUAAAAGUUUGCCGGUACUUUUUUAAAGCUUAUAUAUUUUUGAAAACAUUUUAUAGAGUUCGGUACGAAUUAUCGUUGUAUGUAUAGACAUUGUAUUAUAUGUAUAAUUACAGGUCAAUGAUCAAUCAUUUUACAUUUUAAUAAGCUUGAUGUGAAUUGUAAAUCUCAAGGCACUUGUAAUUGGCGAAAUCCUUUUUGCACAUUUUUAUAUAUAAAAUAUCAUUCAUAAAAAGCAUCUAUUUUUUAUAAAAACUAUCAAACUCUGAAUUAUAACUUUAGCAGUUACGUUUUAUAUGUUAAUGGCUCUCAAAAUGAAUUCUAAAAAUAAUUAAAUAUUAUUAAGACGAAAUAAGAUUUAUUACAUUACGUUCAAGAUAAUGUCUAUUUCUGAUUGCAAUAUCAUAACAAUAUAUUUUGGAGAUUUGAAAGGUAUGUAAAUUAUUUUUUUGUUAUUUCCUAAUGACAAUAUAUUAGUAAAAUAUUAAAAUCCUUAUUCGUCAUGCUAUUGAAUUCUAUUGAGAAUCAUCAAAAAAACAUUUAUUUUAUGUCAAUUGAUCAAUGUAAAGAUAUUAUAUAUAGGUUCAUUCCGAAUCAAGCUGUAGUUAACCUUAGACAGAUACAUUAAUUCGUUGCAUAUAGAACAGGUGCCAAGUGAUGCAUUGAAAAAAGAAACGCAUAAUUUGUUUUCCACAGUAAAAAUAUAAAUAUCAAUAGAAUAAUUAUUGAUUUGUUGGCUUGACUUUUAGUAGUAAAGGAUAAAAUAAAAAUCAAUUUUCAAUUCGCUUAAUUGAAUAAUAAAACUUGCUGUAUCAAUGUUGUGAAAAACAUAACGUCAAGCGAACUGAUGCCACUUGUUUUUUAAUUUUAUAUACUAAGUAGCUUCCAUAUUACAAAUUAGAUUUUAGAUAAUUUAUUUGAAAAUGUCUUUUCAAGCAAUACUUGGAACUUUUUCAUAGAGUGUGCAUUUUUUAGAUGUGAUGCUUACAAUUUUCUACAAUAUCAUUGUUUAUAUUAAACUUAUAGGAUUAAGAAAUUAAACUGUAGUGAUCAUUUGUUAAAACUUUCAACAUUUACAGCUUAUAGAAACAACUAAAGAUGAAGUAUUAAUCUCAUUCCGAAACUUCUAAUCUUAUUAAAAAAAAGUACAGAAAGUUUUUUCGCACGCUUCCAUUUUUCUCUUAGCGAAAAUUUUUUUCGCGUGGCCAAUUAACGAAUACACGUUUAACGAAGUUCAGCUCUCAAAUUUUACCAAUUUUUUAAAUUCGUUUUUCUUUUGUAAAAUUUAGUCACAAAUGCAUAGUGUAUGAAGUGUAAAAAAAGUAAUUGUAAAGAUCGGAGGAAUAAUUUCCUAAUCGUUGUGCAGUGUGUGAAAAAUGAAUCAUUGAUUUGUUAGUACAAUCAUUAUGAAUGCGUUAAAACUUGAAAUGAUUGCGGUAAUUGAUCUUCCAGGAGUUUAAAAAAAAUAUAGGUACAAAGUUCGUCCUAUGGUUGUUUUUCAGUUUAUCUGACUGUAGGUUGACACUCACUUUUCAGUACAUGAAUACAAUGGACAACUGAUUUAAUGAUA